AUUACCUCCUCCGUCUCGGUUGCAACUCAGUGACUCAUGAACCAGCGCGCCGCAAUUUCCUCCCCAUAGGCCAUAGCACAGGAUUCAAGUUCUGAUCCUUGAAGCUCUAAAAAACCCAAACUAAAACGGUACCUCAACCUUCAGUUAGGGUUUAAUAUAUCGAUCUCGCCCUACUCCUUCACAUGCCAAUCUAGGGUUUUUUUCCUCGUCUUCACUUUAAUAAUCAUAUUAGAACCGGAAAACAUGUCAAAGCGAAAAUUCGGAUUUGAAGGAUUUGGGAUAAACCGCCAAACGACUUACAAUUUCGAGCGGUCUCAAGCUCCGCAACGGCUCUAUGUCCCUCCUUCUUCACGCCAUGGCCACGACAACUAUGAAGAUACUGACCUCGACAAUAUCGAUUAUGAAGAAAAUGAUAACGCCAAGGACACCUCAGCUGAUAAUAGUAAAGAUAAUGGAGCUGCAGAUGACGAAAUUGACCCUCUGGACGCGUUUAUGGAGGGGAUACAUGAGGAGAUGAGGGCAGCCCCGCCGCCUAAACCGAAGGAGAAGACGGAGAAAUACAGGGAUGACGAAGAUGAUGAUCCUAUGGAGAGCUUUUUGAAGGCGAAGAAGGAUUUAGGCUUGACGUUGGCGGCCGAUGCGCUACAUGCAGGCUAUGAUUCGGAUGAGGAGGUUUACGCUGCUGCAAAAGCUGUGGAUGCGGGGAUGUUGGAGUAUGACUCCGAUGAUAAUCCUGUGGUUGUUGAUAAGAAGAAGAUUGAGCCCAUUCCAGCUUUGGAUCAUAGCUCGAUUGAGUAUGAACCGUUCAAUAAGGAUUUUUACGAAGAGAAGCCUUCUAUAUCAGGGAUGAGUGAGGAGGAUGUUGCUGAAUAUCGCAAAAGUUUAGCUAUUCGUGUUUCAGGUUUCGAUGUACCCAGGCCAAUUAAGACAUUUGAGGACUGUGGUUUUUCAACACAACUGAUGAAUGCUAUUGCGAAACAAGCUUAUGAAAAGCCCACAGCAAUUCAGUGCCAAGCCUUGCCAAUUGUGCUUUCUGGGAGAGACAUAAUCGGGAUAGCAAAAACUGGUUCUGGUAAGACUGCUGCUUUUGUGCUUCCCAUGAUUGUACAUAUUAUGGAUCAGCCUGAACUUCAGAAAGAAGAAGGUCCAAUUGGGGUCAUCUGUGCGCCCACUAGAGAAUUGGCCCACCAAAUAUAUUUGGAAGCAAAGAAAUUUGCUAAAUCACAUGGGAUACGUGUCUCUGCUGUCUAUGGUGGGAUGUCGAAGCUUGAUCAGUUCAAAGAACUUAAGGCAGGAUGCGACAUUGUUGUUGCUACUCCAGGGAGAUUAAUAGACAUGUUGAAAAUGAAGGCUCUGAAUAUGUUGAAGGCAACUUACCUGGUACUUGACGAGGCUGAUAGAAUGUUUGACCUAGGGUUUGAGCCACAAAUAAGAUCAAUUGUUGGUCAGAUUCGGCCAGAGCGCCAGACUUUACUGUUUUCAGCUACGAUGCCCAGGAAGGUUGAAAAAUUAGCUAGGGAGAUUCUCACAGAUCCUGUAAGAGUUACGGUUGGAGAUGUGGGAAUGGCCAAUGAAGAUAUUACUCAAGUUGUUCAAGUAAUUCCUUCUGAUGCAGAAAAGUUACCUUGGCUUCUUGAAAAGCUGCCAGGGAUGAUUGAUGAUGGUGACGUUCUAGUUUUUGCAUCUAAAAAGGCUACUGUGGAUGAGAUUGAAUCGCAACUGGCUCAGAAGGGGUUUAAAGUUGCAGCUCUCCAUGGUGACAAAGAUCAGGCUUCUCGGAUGGAGACUUUGCAAAAAUUUAAAUCAGGUGUCUAUCAUGUUCUUAUUGCAACUGAUGUUGCUGCUCGUGGACUUGACAUCAAAUCGAUAAAGUCCGUUGUGAACUUUGAUAUUGCAAGAGAGAUGGACAUGCAUGUGCAUCGUAUUGGUAGGACUGGUCGUGCUGGUGACAAAGAUGGGAUUGCAUAUACCAUUAUUACUCAGAAAGAAGCACGCUUUGCUGGUGAAUUGGUUAACAGUCUGAUUGCUGCUGGUCAGAAUGUCUCUGUGGAACUUAUGGAUCUUGCUAUGAAGGAUGGGAGAUUCAGGUCCAAACGUGAUGCAAGAAAAGGAGGUGGGAAAAAGGGUAAAGGGAGGAGUGCAGGUGGUCGAGGCGUGCGUGGUGUGGAUUAUGGUCUGGGCAUUGGCUAUAAUCCUGAAUCCAAUAGCACUACUUCUAAUGUUGCGCCAAGUCGACCUAAUACUGGUAAUUCAGUAAGGACAGGGGCGAUGACUCAAUUCAAGAGUAAUUUUGUUGUAGCUUCAUCAAACUCUCAAAGUUCGAAUAAUUAUGCCAACAAGAGAUCGGCAUUGCCUGGAUUUGUCUCUGGUGGUUCAAUUGGUGGAGACAUUAAUAGAACUCAGACAACCAGCAGCCUACCUGGUUUUGUCUCUGGUGGUUCAAUUAGCGGAGAUGCGAAUAGAACUCAGGCAAUCAAUCAAAACUCCAUUGGGAAUCCUAUUCAAAACACGCAAAGUUCCAGAGAUAGGGGCAGAGAAAGGCGGAGGCCAUCUGGUUGGGACCACUGAUGCCACACUCACAUGGAUGAGAACUUCUUAUCUUCUAGGACGAGACUUGAACUCUCUGUAUGAUUAUUUGUGCUUAAUGAGUUCCUUGAUGCGCUUGUUGUUUAGUUACUAACUAUGUGAGAAUUUAUAUUUUAGUUCAUAGAGAGUUACAUCUACUUAAUAGUCUUCAAGAUGACUUAUUUCCUCUGGCAAUGGUACAUAACAGGGAGACUUAGAUUUUUAGUUAGUAAAUUUCUUAGCAAAUGAGCCAUACAAUAACUCCAGUGAAUUUUGUUGUAAAAUUUUCUAAGUCAUUAUUUGAAUCUAAUAUUUUAUAAGUCUGAUAGUGGUAGAAUUUUUAA